UCCUGGCUACAGUGUCUUGAGAACAAGAUAGUUACAGUCUUAGCUGGAGUGGUGGCCUUUCUUGACACAAACAGGAAUUUGGACAUUAUAAGAGACAUGCCGAGUGAUCACUGGGCUCACAUUCUGUGGUUGAGGAUUCUGUACAGUCCCUCUGCCUGUCAGCUCCACUACAAAGACUUGCUGUCUCCAGAAACCCACCAGGAGCUGGGUGAGAUAAUUCCAUACAACACUGGAGUCCACGGAAUGCCUUUCACAGCAGAGCUGCCCUUCUCGUGGUUACUCCAACAGCUUAUUGAAAGUGCUCUCACUAAUGCUGAAUACAGUCGUCUCCAAGAAAGUGAAGAGAUCAGUGUGGAACAUGCCAAGCUAGACUUAGUAGGUCGUGUCAUUCUUGAUACUCCAUAUGGCAAUCUCUUGAAUGCGGUGUCUGCAGAAAGGGGAAGUAACCAGAGAGCGAUUAUCAUGGCCUAUGUGAAAGAUUUUGUCCAUACAAAAUAUCUGUGCUCCAGACCAGAUAAACAUCAGAUUUUGUGUGAAGCCUUGGAAAUCUCAUCCAGACAAGUGAGGAUGGACAUAACAAGUUUGGACUUGAUGCCAGCACUGGUUGCAGUACAUUGUACUCACUCUCUUGUGAUGGGCAGACUACAGGCCUUCCAGGACAUUGAGCAGGUCUGGCCACAAGUGCUGGAUGCCGUGUGUCAGAUGAGGGAACAAGGAGGACAUGCUCUUCUCAACACUGAAGAACUGACACUGGAUGUUUUGGGCCUACUUCUGCUUCUGGAGCAGCUUGAACCACAGAAGGAACAACUGAAUAAGGAAAAGGGAAGAGCAGAAUGGCUGGAAAAGGUCAAAACCUUUUCACCAGUCAUUCAAAGAAUUUUUGACAACAUGUCACUUGGUCUUGGAUCUGUGUGUCAUGGACACAUGAUAGGAGCGAGAUGUUUGUGGACAAGAGUGGUAACUAUGAAGCUGUUUUUGGAAAGUUUUGCAGCCAAGGGAUCUAAAGAGAAUAAGAAGAUAUCUGAAAACCUGGUUGCACGAUGCAUGCCUCUUUGGCAGCUGCUGGGAGAAAAUGCUGACUUGAAGAAAAUCCAGUCGCUAGAAAACAUUGAAAAAUUCCUUAAAACUGUUAACAGGGUUGUUCUCCAGAAAUUGUCAGAAAAACUAGGAUUAUGUUCUAAUUGUUCAAGUGCAUUUGAAGCUCCUCCAGUUGUGUUGCCAUGCAGGGACAAAAUUUGUCAGAAAUGUUACAAUGACUUACUUGCUCUUGAUGAUCGACAUUGUCCCAAGUGUCACAAAGAUAUACCAGCCAACUUUAACAAGAAUUCAUCAUCGGCACAGAAAGAUAUAUCAGCCGAACAUCAAUGUUACCAACGAUGCUUUAACACCUUCCUCAUGUCAGUUGUUUCAAAUCUCUGCUUUGGAGGAGACACGGCUCCUGAGGAUGCUGUCAUUGAAAGGAUCCUAACUUACAUCACAAGGAAGACAUUAUCACAAGGACUCGGUGCCUCAGAAAGACUACAGACAAAGCAGAUAACCGUGUUUGAUAACCUGGUUGAUCCCACUCCAGUGGUGAGAUCGUUUCUGCUGAAGCUGCUCAUUCACAAGAG